ACACCUUGGGCCUUUCUCAGUCAGUGAAGAUUGAUCCUGAGAGACAGACAGACUUGGGGUUGCAGUUUGUGGUGACUACAGACAAAGGUCAAAGAAGUCGAGAGAGACAUAUACCUGGCAGGCUGUCAGGAUGAUGCAGCAGAUUCUUCAGGAUAUGUAUAUAGAACCUGAGCUGUUGUCUGAACUCCACGAAGAGCAGAAACAGAUCCUCUUCUAUAAGAUUCGGGAGGAGCAGGUGCGGCGCUGGAACGAGAGGGAGAGAAGAGACCCCAGCCAUGCUUUGAAAAAAAAGUGCGACCGCAGAGGCAUUCAGUGGCUUCUGGGCUCAGAUGGAGAGGUUUGGGUAUGGGCAAUGGGGGAGGCCCCAGGGGACAAGCUCUUUGAAGACAUUGUGGAAGAACUGAUGGAGGAGAGAGCAAGAAAGCAGGCCCAGCAAGAGACGCAGGAACUCCGGCGUGUGAAGGAGGCAGAGAUUGAAAAGAAGUUUCGAGAUGCCAUGGCAAAGGAAAAGGCUCGGUUCAUGGCAGAAAAAUGGAAGGAGGAGACAGAUGACAGAAAGGCAGCCAAGCAGGAAGCAGAGGAAGAUCGCAUUAGAGAGGAACUGAAGAAAUGUGAGGAGGAAGAGAGACAGCGAGGCGAGGAAGAAAUCCACAAAACAGAGGAGAGAAGAGCAAAGGAGCUGUACAUCUCUCUGAAGCGGGAGGAAAAGAGGAGCGAGAGAGAUGACAAAGAAUGGCAGGAACAAUUGCAACGCUCCAAGUCGGCGGAUGAGGAGAUGAAGUGCAAGGCACGACGGGCUAGAGAUGAAUAUAAGCGCCAGUCUCUGCGGGGCAUCGAGAAGGGCCUGGUGGCUGGAGUCAGCGGCCUGUUUCAUAAGACACACCUGAACAGAUCAGAAUAAAGUGAAAAGAAAUAAUGAUACUUACUAUCACAAUACUGUCUUCCAUUGCCUUUCAGCCCAGUUUGGAUUCAUCCACCCAGACCGAACUCUCGUGAGUCCAUUAUCCGCUGGUUUAAAGAGGAGCAGAUACCAAGACGAGCUGGAUAUGAGCGAAGUAGCAACACCAUCGCACCCUGGUUCCACGGAAUAAUAUCACGGCAGGAUUCAGAGGCUUUGCUAGUGAAUGCGGCAGAUGGCUGUUUCUUGGUCAGAGUGAGCGAACGGAUCUGGGGCUACACGCUGUCCUACCGGACCACCUCAAGCUUUAAGCACUUCCUCAUUGACGCAUCGGGUGAUUUUUACAGCUUCCUAGGUGUAGACCAGAACCGUCACGCCACCUUAGCUGACCUCAUUGACUUCCAUAAGGAGGAAGUGAUCACCACGUCUUCUGGAGAAUUACUCCAGCACCCCUGCAAGCAGAGAAGCUCAACAGCUGACUAUGGAGGGCUUUUUCAGUGAUGGUUUCCCUUGUUGUGAAAUUCAAUUUGGCUACCAUAUCUCUUGCCUUCACAUCCUUUCAAUAGCACGGCACAGCUUUUAUUUGUAGUCUGCCAAGCUUCUUCUGUGAAAUGUAAAUUUGCUUAGCAGGUUUAAAAUGUGGGUGAUAAAAAAAAGAUGCGGUCACAUUACACUUUAAUCAUGCAGAAUUAAUUUAGACUCCAACAGGAGAAUAUAGGCAAUGGGAAAUGAUGUAACACCCUAACCCUUUUGUUUU